AUGACUUCCAACAAGCCGGUAGACAAGCUAGCCGAUAAUUUGAAGGGGUUGGUCAUCGGCGCCAGUGGCACAAUUCCUGGAUAUCAACAUGGAGAAAUCAAGCGGAUGGUCGAAAAAUGUGGUGCGAAGUUUGCGUCGAUGAAUAUCAGUGAGUGUACUCAUCUAGUGACAACCGAGGAAAACGCCAAGAAAAAGUUGAAAAAGAUCAAUCGGGCUCGCGAACUGAAAGGCUGUGAAAUUGUGAACAUUGAUUGGCUGCUCAAGAAGAUCAAAAAGCACAUCCCAGAGGUUGAUCAGAAAGAAAUACUUAAGCGUGAGGGAAAUGAAGGCGUUAGACCCAAAGACAAAAAGCGUGAGCGAGAUUCUUCUGAGGAUAACGAAGGAAACCUUUCAAAGAAAACGAAGGAUGAAGAGCAGAUCAACCUCAAGAGGCUAAUUGAUUUGGUCGACGAUAAAUACCCAAAAUCGAGCGACACAGUUUCCGUUUACCAGGACGACGCGGGAUUGAUAUGGGAUGCCACGUUGGUCAACGCUGAUGGGGAAGAACAAGUCGAUGUUUUGCGAAUUCAACUUCUGCAGGUUCAUGGCAAGUCACAAUUGUUCCACACAUGGGACUUGCAAUACCGAUUUGGAUCAUCUGAGGAAUCAGAUCCUGGGAAGAUAGACAUGAUACCCCCCCGUUCUAAAGGCUGGUUCUUCCUUGAAAUGCAUCACAGGGAGGCUCCCAUCUUCACCAGCGAAAUCAGCCCGUUACCCGCAAGCGUUGAAAAUGUUUUGAAAAUCAUCUUCACAUCAGGAAACUUGAAGAACUACGUCCAGUUUCUAACCCGUUACGGGCGCAGUGUUUUGCUUGGAACCACGGUGGACAAGAAAAAGCUUCUGGUUGGGAUUGCAGUUUUGGACAAACUGAUGGAGCUCACCAACCCUCAGGUGGCACUUGGGGGCCAUUCCAACGUGAAGAAUAGAUUGUGCAAGAUCUACGAAAGCUUGAUCCUCACAAAUAUGAGCAUUUCAGCCGCCAAUGAUACCAUCAGACAGGAACUGGAAUCCCUUGAUCUCUUACUCAAAUUGCAUGAUGCCAGCAAGAUUCUGGAAAAAAAACUCCCAGUCAUCCUCAUUGGCCAUGAGCCAAAUUUCCCAAUGAAGGGAAAGUCGACAGAAUUCAAGAUGCUCCAGGAGUAUAUUGAAAAAUCGUCUAGUCCAAACCACCCGUCUCAAUUCAAGGCAAGUCACGAGGUAAUGGGCAUAUUCCGUCUCGAACUUCCCGGGGAAGCAGAGCGUUUUUCCCAGUGGGAAAAGGAAAACCUUUCUAGUAUUGGCGACCGGCGAUUACUGUGGCAUGGCUCAAUGUCUAGCAACUUUGCAGGGAUCUUGAGUCAAGGGCUCCGUGGCGAUGGAAUUGUCAGUACCGAUGGGAAGAACUUCGUUCCUGGGGUAUUCUUUGCCGACAUAUCCACCAAGUCGGCAGGGUAUUGCCGACAGAAAGGGGAGGCCCUGAUGUUGCUAUGUGAAGUCGAGCUAGGUAAAGCCUCGGCUGUUUCAGAUCGCCAUGGUGGCAGAACUUUUCAUAAAAGGUGGCGCGAUGCUGGAUAUAUUCACCCGGAUUUCAAAGGGACCCAGGUGCCAGACGUUGAUGCCGGAACAGCGACUUUAAACAACUACUCCGGUCUUUACCACUCUGAGUAUGUGGCAAAGAGCCCCGCACAGAUUCGUCAACGAUAUUUGUUCCAUGUCAAGAUUGUUUGA